AUUCCUCUCAUUCUCUCAUAUCACCACAUUCAAAAUGGCUGAGCAUCCUUCUUUCACUCUUGCCGCCCUUUUGGCUGCUGGCGGCACUGCCGGCUACAUGCGCACGCGCUCUACUCCUUCUCUCGUGGCUGGUGUCGGACUGGGAGUUUCAUAUGCCUAUGCUGGAUACCUUCUCAAGAACAACAAGGACUACGGUUCUGAGCUUGCCCUGGCAAACAGUGUCCUCUUAACUGGAUCCGCCGUUCCAAGAAUCAUCAAGACUGGUGGUCGAGCGCCUGUUCCUAUCAUUCUCGGUGCAGUUGGUGGACUUGCUACCUACUACUACCAGAAGAAAUUCCGCGAGUUCCGAUAUGGUGUUUAGGCGAAACUUGACUCCUGGAUAUUGACGAAAGGCACCUUCGAAAUGGGACAAGGCUGAUGUACUAUACUGUACGAUAGGAUAGUAAUAAUUCAUCUCAGUUUAGCGAGUUCA